UCUCUUGUAAAUUAGAAUUAUAAGCCCAAUAGACAAACAGUUAUACGGCUCAAUAAAUUGAGCCCAUUAUGCUCUCCUUAAAUAAAUCGAAUAAUCAUUUCUUCUUCAUCAAGCAAGACUCAAAACCCUUUCUUCCUCCCGCUUGAGUAAAACCCUAAUCUAUCCCCGAAUCGCUGACAGACACUAUGAACCUUCCGCCGUCAACGACGACUUCGGAUACGGCUGACUCAUCUUCCCACUCCACCGAGAGAUGCGACUGUUGCGGCAGCCAAGACUCAUGGGUCAUACACCCAGCGCGUCUCCGCGGCAUCUUCCGCUUCUUCUGCACGCACUGCAUCCUCCGCAGCCAUCCGGCGUCGUUUUGCCCCACCUGCUUAGCCUUCUACGAUAAUUCUCCGCCUCAUCACUCUCGCCGUGUCUCUUGCUCUGACUGCGACUCCUAUACUCACAUCCAAUGCGCCGGAGACGACUACGCAAGUUCCCCUUAUUACCUCUGUCCUCCUUGCAGAGACCCUAUCUCCUUCUCCUUCUUCCGUCCUUCCGUCGACGCCAACGGAGUUCGCUGCUUGGAUGAGUCCCUCUCCGAAGCUUUCACAUGCGCCUGCGAGAUCGCUGUUUUUUCUAUGAGCAGGGCUGUAUACUUCGCUAAAAAGGAAGCUGAACGGAAGGGGAAAAAAGAGUCUGCCGUGGAGAAGAAGAUAGCGCGUGAGGAUCUUGAGUAUUUCGUUAAGCUCUACGAGAAGGCGAGGUCGGAUAUUGAAAAGCUUGAAGAAGCCUCCUUUGAGCUCUCCGGCGGUGAUCAAGAGCAGAAACCGAAACAGAGUGUUUCAUCGAAUAGCGAUUGAAUGUGAUAGAGAGCUCGGACCAACUUAAGAGAAACAGAACCUUGUAGUGCAAGUUAAGCAGGAAGAAUAGUGUAGGUGAUCUUAUUUAUUUAUUUAUUUAUUUUCAGUUUCUUGUUGGUUCGUUUACUGUGUUUAGGAAGCUUUUGAAAACUAU